AUGUUCCUCCCACUCCUGACCGCUUUGUCGGUCUUAGGCUCCUCCUAUGCUCAAAUUAGUCUCGUAAACGUCACAAUCGACAAAACCUCCUUUGUAGGAGUGUACAAUUCCACCUUGGGUGUAGACACCUUCCGUGGCAUCAGCUAUGGGACGGCGGAGAGAUUCAAGAGGACUACAGCUCCUUUGUAUAAUGGGAACGUUACAGUGGUGAAUGCCACUGCACCUGGGGUUGCAUGUCCACAAGUUACGGUUAGCUCGAGUACACUUACUACGACGAACUACGGAGAAUACGGUUUCGGAGAAGAUUGCACCUUACUCGACAUUUAUCGCCCUCACAACACCACUAGAACCUCAAAGCUACCGGUCAUGGUAUGGAUCUACGGAGGAGGACUCACCCAAGGAGCUUCAUUUUCAUAUCCGGGUAGUGGUAUCGUUGCUGUUUCUUCCAAAAUGGAACUUCCGGUUAUCACUGUCAUCAUCAACUAUCGUCUUGCGCUAUGGGGAUUCCUUGGUGGCCAGGAAGCAGAGGAUAAUGGUGCCCUGAAUCUGGGAUUAUACGACCAGAGGGAUGCGAUGACCUGGGUGCAGAACUAUAUUUCUUAUUUCGGUGGAGACAAGGAUAAGGUCACCUUGUUCGGACAAUCAUCUGGGUCAAUGUCGAUCGCAUAUCAUUUCUUGACUGAAGACACCAAUCUCUUCCGUGCUGCUAUUCUUGAAUCUGGGGUUUCGACUUCCGUCCCCGUUCUCAACGCAUCUGUCAACCAACCGGUAUACGACGCCCUCGUUAACCUUGCUGGAUGCAAUAACUCAUCAGACACCUUUUCUUGCCUCCAAACCGCCGACGAAUCUGUGCUUGCGGAUGCAGCAAAUUCGAUUGCGAGUGCUCCGAAUUCCUACAGCGCUAGACCUUGGGCAGCUGCAAUCGAUGGUGAAAUCAUCCCUGAUAGUCCCGCUGUUCUUACAGCUCAAGGGAAAAUUGCUAAUAAACCCUUCAUCGUCGGUGACGUCCAAGAUGAAGGAACAGUUUUCGUUCAACCUCAAGCUUUAAACACAACGGAUGACUACAUUACCUGGCUUGGCCUUGAUUACGUUGGUCGCAACGCUCCGUUCCUCAGUAACGAAACAACAUUGGCAACGCUCGAGAGACUGUAUCCUGACGUAGAAGCGCUUGGUUCACCUUAUGGAACGGGCAAUGUAAGUUUCUUCGGAGAACAGUUCAAGAGGGGUGCUUCGACAUAUGGAGAUAUCCAUUUUCAUGCACCCAGAAGAAAUUGGCUUGAAGUCGCAGCAUCUAAGGGGAUGACCUCUUGGUGCUACGAGUUUGCUCAAACCCUUCCGUCCGUCCCAGAGUGGACUGGAGUUUUCCAUGCCAGCGAUGUCUUCUUCGUCUUCCUCGAACUCCCUUCGACAAGUCCCGAUUUUGCGCUGGCUGAACAGACUGUCGCUUACUGGCUCUCCUUCGCUACCCACCUGACUCCUAACCUCGCCGCUGCCCUCGUUGGUGCACCCUUAUGGUCGCAAUAUGGCUCAUUAAAGACCUCCCUGUACAUGUCUUCCAACGAGACGAAACUGGUUGUGGACAAUUUCCGAAAAGAACAGAUCGACUUCAUACGAUCCGUAGCUGACCAGUUCCUGGUGUCUCCCACGCCUACCGAGAGUGCAAGUGCUAGUGGCACUAGCAGUGUUGCGAUUGCGACUGCAAGUUCCUCUUGCCCGAAAGGUAUCAUAUGUAUGAGUGGACGCGUUCGCGGGGGUUCUUAA